GGUAUCGCUCUCAUAACCUAAAAAUUUCCGUGAAAUUUUCCUGUAUCAGCAAAAAAAAUUGUGUCUUCGCGUACUUUAACAGAAGAUUGUGAAAUAAUUAACUCCAUGGUCUAUUUGUAUUUAUUCCAAGAUAAUGGCAAUGGAUAAUAAAGGUUGGAACGCUAGCCAGCUAAGGAACUGCGACCUGCAGUUCGAUGAGAUCCCCCGAUUGCAUCACAACGAUCCAAAAGUCGACGAGCUCAUGUCCGAAAACAAACCGGUAGUCGUCUUGGGCUCAAACCUUGCAAAGAGCGCCGAGAAAUGGGACCUCGACUACCUCGAAAGGCACAUGGGAGAGAGCGACUUUACCGUCUUCCAAUCGAAGAGUCACAAAUUCAAGUAUUACGACGACAAAAAGGUCACGAGCGGCGACGGUUUCGUACCGCCGACGAAAAAGCUGGACAUGAAACUGCCGGAGUUUAUCAAGCGGCUGAGGGCGUGGAAGAAGGGUGAGGAUCGCUUGUAUCUGCAGCAGGGUUUGAAUAACACGGUUGGGCCGGCGAUCGUUCACGACUUCCUGAAUUUCGACUGGAAUUUCUGCACGGGCAAGCAGUCGAAGCACAACUGGGGCUCGCUCACCUCCAAUCUAAUGCUGAUCGGAAUGGAGGGCAACGUCACGCCUUGCCAUUACGACGAGCAGGAAAAUUUGUUCGCGCAGGUUCACGGAUUUAAACGCUGCAUCUUGUUUCCGCCCGAUCAGUUCGAAUGUCUCUAUCCUCACCCGGUGCAUCACCCGCACGAUCGCCAGAGCAUGGUGGACUUCGACAGGCCCGAUUAUAACAAGUUCCCCAAGUUUCGACAGGCGAAAGGUUUCGAGACGGUCGUCGGUCCCGGCGAAGUUCUAUACAUACCGAUGUACUGGUGGCAUCACGUCGAAUCUUUGAUGCAGGGGUCGUAUACGGUUUCGGUUAACUUUUGGUAUAAGGGAGGACCGGUUUCAGUUAGUUACCCGCUUAAGGGGCAUCAGAAGGUGGCUGUAAUGAGAAACGUGGAAAAAAUGUUACUAGAUGUGCUACAAGAUCCAAAAGAAAUUCCAGUGUUAUUGCGCGCAAUGGUUUUGGGUCGUUAUACUGAAUAAUCUUUGCGUUUUUUAUUUAUUGUUUUAUUUAUAUUUAUACGGUCGGCCGUGGCUUUGUACAGAAUGAAUUUUUUAACUUGC